AUGUUGAAGGAUCACGGAUUGCUUGAUUGUAAACCGAGCUCAACUCCUAUUGACUAUACUACCAAAUUGUGCAAAGACAAUGGUGAUGAUUUAGCUGAUUCUGUUGAAUACAGAAAAUUAAUUGGAAGGCUUUUAUACCUAACCAACACAAGACCGGAUAUUUGCUUUGCUGUGGAAAAAUUAAGUCAGUACCUUGACCAGCCCAGGAAGAAUCAUAUGAGUGCUGCCAUUAGAAUUUUGAAGUAUCUCAAGGGCUGUCCAGUAACUGGUCUCCUAUUUCCUUCUCAUUCGGGCAACAGUGUGGUUGGAUUCACCGACUCUGAUUGGGCGUCUUGCAGUGAUUCCAAAAAAUUAGUCUCUGGAUAUUGUUUUUUCUAUGGAUUAGCACUCGUCUCAUGGAAGAGUAAGAAACAAGCAACAGUGGCGAAAUCGUCCACUGAACCUGAAUAUAGAGCUCUUGCUUCUGCAACUUGUGAGGCCCAAUGGUUAUUUAAUUUAUUUACUGAAUUGAAAUUGCCUCUUACAAAAUCUAUAAACCUCUACUGUGAUAAUCAAUCUGCCCUUCACUUAGCUGCUAAUCCUAUCUUUCAUGAAAGGACUAAGCACAUCGAGGUUGAUUACCAUAUUACACGGGAGAAAGCUCAAAUGGGACUAACCAGAUUGUUGCCCAUUAAGAGUGAAGAACAACUUGCAGAUGUUCUCACUAAACCCUUGCCCCUUGGACCUUUCUCUAAAUUCUAUCUCAAGCUGGGACUGACAGAUAUUCAUGGCAUUCUUGGAUUGCGGGAGGAUAUCACAUGA